GCCCUCGCGAAAAAUAGACGUACGAUCAAACGUUUAUCGAUAAGAAAAACGGACGCUACAAACAUCCCUAUUACACUGUGUUCUUUUCUAAUGCGACGAGUGUGAGUGAGACAAAACCGGUUUUUGAUUUUGCAAAAUGUUAAAUGUGUUUCAUAGCAUACAAUAUUAUAUGUAUUUUGCUAUAAAGUAACAGUGAACGAUUUCGAGUGAUUACGAGCCCCAUCUUGACGAAUCUCAACAGUAUUAUUAGCACCAGAAUGUACCACAUAGUCCUUUGUUUCGCCGCGGCGCUAGUGUGCUCGAGUUGUCGCGCCGCCAGCGUCAACAAACACCUGAAAUUAUUACCUGAACUGGAGAAUAGUAUAGAAGGCAAUGGUCUCCCGACCAAGCACUCUCCCGCGCGCCGCUUCUUAUCGCUCACUAAGCGGCCGCACGCGACUCACGCGCACGCGCCGGGCGCGCUUCUCUCGCUCACGUGCGAGGCUCUCGGCGCGCCCGCGCCUGCUGUGCGCUGGUUCAAGAACGACGCGCCUGUCUAUGAGCACGACACAGAGUCAAUAGAGCAGAUCGACAUCAACCCCACGUCUCUCGCGCGUGUCUCCUCCACGCUGCUGGUGACAAGGACGGAAGACACCGACGAGUAUACCUGUCUCGCUUCAUCAGGGAAAAAGGUGGUCCGGGCUAGCACGAUCGUUUAUAGCACUGCAGGAGUAACCCCAGACAAGACCGAGCGCUCCAAGCUCCAGCCUUUCGCCCCUCGGAUCCUGGUCACGUACAAAGCCUUCGUUGACACCAUAGGCAACUCCAUAGUCCUGCCCUGCAAGGCUAAGGGCCACCCGCGACCCCGGGUCACUUGGAAGGACAAUAAUGGGACAUUUGUGACCAGGGAUACUAAGAGGAUGAAGGUGCUAAGAUCGGGCGAGCUGGUGAUAUCGUCGCUUCUGUGGAGCGACAUGGGCGAAUGGACGUGCCAAGCAGCAAAUAUCUUCGGCACAAAAACCGCCUCUACGUUCUUGUAUCCUGCUUUAGUGAGCCGGAUGAAACAGCCCGCCACAGAAAUUCAAUCAAGCGUAAAUACUUAACCUGUAUGUUCCUGUUAAUAUAAGUUUCUAUUGUUAUAAGUUGUUCACACUGACUCGAUAAAACGCUGUAGUUUUAAUCGCUUUUUUACUUUAUUUUCUCAAGAACACGAAACUUUUCUUAAGCUUUGUUGUUUGGUUGUGUUUAAUUGUUUAUGAUUUAUUUUUUAUUUUACCACUUUUUCUUAAAUAAGUGCUAAAUAUUAACCAGUUUAAAUAAGCAAUUAUUUUUAAAUUAACUACCUACAUAAUAACUUAAUAUACAUUUAAGUACAGAGAAGUACAAAAUGUGUUAUUCAUGAUUUAUAUUAUUAUUUUAUUUGAUUUGUAUUAUUUUAUGUUGCAUUUUUAUAUUCUAACUUUAAAUAAUAAUAGAGAUCGCACUAUCAAAACGAACGUUGUAUCUUGCCGUUAAAAAAACGCAGCGUUUUCAAACACAAGUGUGGAAGCCCUACAUCGAGUCUGCCUAUUUUAUUUUAUUUGUUAUAAUAUUAAAUUAUAUAGAAACACUAUUAUGGGUUUUAAAGCCGAAUAACACUGUAUUAUUACGAUUACAAAUUGAAAUAAUUAUUGUGAUCAUAAUGAAUUAAAUUAAUAAUUCUUAUUAAUAAUUAUUUUGUAGACUGUGAUUGAAUAGAUG